CCACGGAGUCUAGUCGGCAUUCGGGUUCUUUUUGAAAUUAGAAGCUGCCAAUGACGUCGCUCAAGCGGCUUAGAAUGUGGGGUAGAUAAACCCGUCAGCGGGGUCUAAGAAGUCAUCGUAUCGCACAGUGGCAUUCAGACUAAUCGCAACAAUGGCCUUCGAAACCAAAGCCACCAUCGCCAACUUCGGCGGCAAGCUGCUCAAGCUGCAACACCAGUCCUCCAGCACAGGCACUCCUAUGGACGUGAACCUAUUCCUACCCCCCGCCGCAGUCUCCGGGUCCAAGGUCCCCGUGCUCAUCUACCUAUCCGGCCUAACCUGCACGCCUCAAAACUGCACCGAGAAGGGCUUCUUCCAAGCGCACGCGGCGCGCAAGGGCAUCGCGCUAGUAUGGCCCGACACCUCGCCGCGCGGCGCAAACCUGCCCGGCGAGACCGAGAGCUGGGACUUCGGCGCGGGCGCGGGGUUCUACGUGGACGCGACGGCGGCGCCCUGGAGCGCGCACUACCGCAUGGAGUCGUACAUCGCCUCGGAACUACCCGUCGCGCUCUUCGCCGCGUUCCCGUCCGCCCUCGACGCCGAGCGCGUCAGCAUCACGGGCCACAGCAUGGGCGGCCACGGCGCCCUGACCCUGUUCCUCAAGAACCCCGGCAAGUACCGCAGCGUCAGCGCGUUCGCGCCCAUCGCGAACCCCUCCCUGUGCCCCUGGGGCGAGAAGGCCUUCUCGGGGUACUUGGGCACCGACCGCGAGGCCUGGAAGAUGCACGACGCUACGGAGCUCGUGAGGGCCUGGGCCGGCCGCGAUAUCAAGGCCUUGGUGGAUGUGGGCACCGGGGAUAACUUUUAUAAGCAGGGGCAGCUGUUGCCCGAGAACUUUGAGAAGGCGGUUAAGGAGGCGGGGGUUACGGGGUUGGAGUUGAGGUACCAGCCGGACUACGAUCACUCGUACUUCUUCAUGUCGACGUUCGCCGAGGACCACGUCGAACAUGCUGCGAAGCACCUGUUCUCGUAGGAGUAUAUAUAUUUGAAUGGCUGGUUGCAAUACUUGGGGUCUGAUGGUAGAUUGUGUAUGUUUCUCUAAAUUUUGGACUCACCGGGUUGG